GACCGCCUUCCCAUCGUCCCUGUCCUUCACCAAGUCUUCCAAGAACGCGAUCACCAUGGAUGAAGUGAACCACUGGGAGGACAUUCCCGGCAUGGACAAGGUCAUUCUCAAGGCGCAGAGUCUGAAGCACGAGAAGCCAAUGCGCAGCCUCGAAGACCUCUUCUAUGACUCGCAGCCCGAGGAGCUUCCCUGGAUCCGCACUGAGUGUGUGAUCGACGUGGUCCAGGCAGCAGCUUACCUCGACCAGGCCAUUGUCUUCCUCUACAAGGCCAUCGACUACAACGGCCUUGAGUGCCCGGACAACUCACCAGUUGGCUGCGCCGCUAGCGUCGCCGGCUUCAUCACCUCCAUCUCCUGGAUUGCCUCGUACCUGUCCUUUGCCGCGAACGCCUGUGGACAGGCGGUCAACUCCGGGGCCCUCUGUGCUGGCGACUUCACCGCCCUCAUGGCCAACUUCGGAGAGAUCGCCACCGUGGGUGCCGCUGUCAAGGCGGACUGCGACUUCGGCAAGAACGCCAUCAGCAUCCUCACGAAUCCGGACCCCGUGAGCCCGCCGUGGGUGCAGUUCGUCCCGGGCGGCGCUGGACCCGAGGCCGAGAAGAUCCUGGCGAUCAAGGGCCACCAGGAGGCGAACCGCAACCGUGGCUUCGACAUCGCGCAGUGCGUGGCGGACGUGACCAACUCGGCUUCCUACAUUGUCCGCGUCAUCCUCCAGAUCCGCACGGCAGCCUCAGCCUGUCCCGACCCGAAGGCCUGCGCCAUCAACAUCAUGAACAUCAUCUCCUCCUUCGCCUGGAUCUCUCAGUUCACGGCCCUCGCUGUGUCGGACUGCCAAGUCGGUGCUGACCAGAAGGCUCUGUGCACUGCCGACAUCUCGGACAUGGUUGCAGCGGUCACCAACGGCCCUGCGGCCGGCGUCGCCUCCACCUCCGCCGCUUUGUAG